CGAUUUGCAUCUAUGGAUCAAACGAACUGGGGAUGUCGAUACUUGUUGCUUGCAUGUGAUUGUCUCAUUGCCUUCGGAUGUUUCUAUUGUGUAGAUAUUCCCAGUGCUCUACAAACAGAACUACAGAGCUCUCAUGUAAAUUGUAGUGGUGUACAGAAGAAUGUGACUUGUUGUGAGGAAUGUCUCGGUAUCGGCCCAGAUCAUUACAAUCAACUCUAUGCUGUUUUCUCAUGGACAAACGCUGUAAUCGUUUUGCCUAUCGGGGUUAUACUGGACCGAAUAGGAAACAGAAUGACAGCAAUUCUGUCAACAUCAAUGGCCGCCAUCGGUUCGUCUUUAUUUGCCCUGUCUGUGACGUCGUGGUUUAAGAUGACGUCGGCCAUGUUUCCAAUGAUGAUCGUUUCUAGAGCAAUUUUGGGAGCCGCAAAUGGAGGAUGUCAACUUGUUCAAGAUCGAGUUAUUGCCUAUUGGUUUCCGGACAAACUGGGUUUAGCCUUUGGAGCCAUUGUGAGCGUCAUAAGAUGUGGCAACGUUUUGAAUUUUUUUAUCACGUCCAAUAUUGCAAAGGUUUAUGGGGUUCCCAUGGCACUUUGGACAGGUGCAUUAAUGUGCGGUGUUGGGUUUAUGGCAGCAGUGGGGUACUGCGUUUUAGACGCAAUUGGAAGCCGUAAACUGGACAAAACUCAUGUAUUCAACAUCAAAUCUCCACCAAUAAAAUUAAGCGAUGUUAGAAAUUUCCCUUUGUCCUAUUGGCUCGUCACAAUUAUGAUCUCCACAUAUUAUAGCUGUUUCAUUCCAUACGUGGCGAAUGGGAGCAAAUUCAUCCAGGACAAGUAUGGAUAUUCCCGUGUGGAAUCGUCAUAUAUAAAUGGAGCUGUUUAUGAUGUAUCCAUUGUUGUGUGCAUUACCACCGGCUUAUUUCUCGACAGAUUUGGAGGAAGAGCAAUCUCGUCAACUCUUGGGGCGGCACUCUGUGUUCCUGUUAUUAUUUCACUUGCAUUCUUUGAAUUACCUCCCCUUAUACUUACUAUUUGUUUUGGAACUUUCUAUUCCGUCACAGUGGUGAGUCUGUGGCCAUCCAUUGCUAAAGUUGUCCCCCUUGCAACUGUUGGGACUGCGAAUGGCAUAGCUGCCUUUAUGCAGGGGUUAAAUAUUGGCAUGACUAACCUUGGAAUUGGUAAAAUUCUGGGGUCUGUUGAGAAAUCUGAUGUGAACAACAGACUAACCGACUGGAAAAUUGCACUGACAAUUUUAUUAUGUCAGGCCUCUAUUUGUACUGUGCUUGGAAUCUGGCUUAAUGUCAAUGAAAAACUAAAGAAAGGAUCCUUGAAUGGACGAUACAAGAAGAUGGCGGCUUUAAAGCCCCCAACAGAGAAGUCUAAACUGAUAACACCAGAGGAUAAGGAAGAUUUUUAUGAUUCCAUAGACUCUGGUUAUUCAAUACAGACCUAAGUAUUUUG